GACGUUGCUUGCAUACUUAAUAUGCUGCGAAACCUUGAUCGAUGCUUGAUUCACCGUCCACAGGUUGCACUGAACAUCACCGUGCCGAUGAUGGGACCAAGCUGCAGGUCCGCACUGCUACGCCGGUACGCGAUGUCUCGGCAGCUAUUCGCGUUUCCGGACUUCGUUCAAACCGAAUACUGCCAGGAGCCAUGCGACGAAGAAUUCCAGGCCAAGCACACAAUGUCGCCGACCAACAAGUCUUUCUUUGGCCAGAUGAGCAUCGAGAAGGCCGAAGACGAGGAGGCUGUCGAGCUGGACGUCUCCGAGUUCAAGAGGGUCGAACGACCGGGAACGAACAUCAAACUCAUCUGUCCAGGCGUGUUGGGCCCCGGCGCAGCAGUGACGUGGUUCCACAACGGCUCUAAGCUUCGCCCCACGUGGAGCCGCGUGUCCCUGAGCGCCGAGAGCCAGGAGGUUCUGUUCAAGCCACUCAAGGAACGCGACGCGGGCAUCUACGAGUGCACUGUCAUGGGCGUCAAGAUGGGACACCUCGAAUUAUACGUGAAGAAGGCAAAGAAAAGACGAGCCUUGGGCAUGUCCGACGCCUCCUGGUUCACUCUCGUCACCGUACUGGUCAACUUUUGCGCCUAUCUGGCAGUCGUGUCCGCCAACUGGAACCAGCACUACAGGAGGCUCGAGAUACAGGAGUACUUGGCCGCGAAGAGGGCCGAGAAGCAUCAGGUCUCGUGAAUUUCGAAAAACGGACCCAAAUAUUUUACAUGCCGACACAAUGGAAACGGUCAAGACACAGUUAUCGCACUCACUACUCAUACAAGACGGAAUAGUGUUUCUGUAAACGAUGUGCAAUGUCGGAGGCGGCUGCGCGCAUGCGCAUGCUUACUGCCGCGCCCCCUGUCGUCACACGUUCCACCUACUGAAGCCGCAUGCCCCUUUAAAGGUCUCCCGUCUAAGAGACUCCCUUUUAAUGCAGCAGUUAUCAUAUAGAAAUCGGCGUCAAUUGGCGCAUGUUUGUAACAGUUAGGUCUAGAACAGAUUUGACUUAAUUUCCAUGGUGUUAUGCAAAGUUCUGCCAUUCUCAGUGCGUACUAGAGGACAAGAUGAAGACAUCUAACACCUCAGCCGGAAUACAUAUCAUCGAUUCACAAAACGCUGAAAGCCGCGCUCUGUAGACGAAAUAAAAAGACCAAUCUGUUUCUUUCUUCAUUUGUGCUCUUUAGAUUGUACUUUUUGCAUAAGUAUUAUAUGUUUCGCUCCCUCUCACACAUGCAACGAUAGAGCAAAAAGAAUAGAAAAAAACAAGCAAUGCGAUUUCAGUUCCGUGCGCGUUGUAAGUGAGAGAAUAGAAAAACACAAGUCGCACUUUCACACAUAUUUAAUGCAAAUUUUUAUAUACAUACAAAAUAUUCAAAAACACCGUAGACGAUAUAACAUUCACAUCAGUCGCUCUUCGAUAGCUUUCUUCCCCAGCUCGCACUGCCCAAUACAAAUGCACGUAAUAAUAAUAAUAAUAAUUACAAAAGAACACGCAGAGGUGGAGCGAAAAAUUUCCAUGCUUGGAAAGGAGUUUCGUUUCUGCUGUUGCACAUCUUCCCAUAUUCCUCGCACGAGUAAUAUCACCCGUCGAGGUAUAAGCAAAACGACGGUUGCUCGCAGGCGCGUUUGUUACUGGAUUCCAGCAACACGUUCGCGUAACAAUACAAAAAAAAUGUAGUGAGAAAGAAAACGGGG